GUGUCUCUCUCUCUCUCUCUCUCGUCGCGCCACACAGUCGCCUCCAUCUUUCUUGCCUCCAGGAGGAACGUCGGCUCCUCCGACCCGUGGCUGGUCGACUGGCUCUGCAGAACUGAAUGAGGUGCGGUCUUCUGCUAGUGCUGUUUUGUAAGUCCUGCUGCUGCCAGGAUGGGCCAGCAGCUCUCAGGUCAGGCGGUGAUAAACCGUCUGCCUGAGAAGCUGGUGAAACACGUCGGACUGGUACGUGACAGCGGCUACCUCACCUACGAGGAGUUUCUGGCAAGAGUGGCCGAACUUAACGACGUUACGGCCAAGCUAGCUGCAGGACAGCAGAAGCACCUGCUGUUUGAGGUGCAGCCAGGAUCUGAUGCCACAGCCCUGUGGAAGGUGGCCGUCAGGAUCGUCUGUACCAAGAUCAACAAGGAGAACGGUAUGGUGGAAGCAUCUCGGAUCAUGAACCUGUACCAGUUCAUCCAGCUGUACCGCGACGUCACCAGUCAGGCUGCUGAGGUGCUGUCUGCAGAGGGCGCCACCGAGGGCCCGUCUGCCCAGCUCCCCUCCACGGACUCCUGCCAGGCCAGCAUGUGGAUGGGCAGAGUGAAGCAGCUGACUGAGGAGGAGGAGUGCUGUAUCUGCAUGGAUGGAAAGGCCGACCUUAUCCUGCCCUGUGCACACAGCUUCUGUCAGAAGUGCAUUGAUAAAUGGAGCGGGCAGAGCCGAAACUGUCCCAUAUGCCGCCUGCAAGUGACUGCUGCCAAUGAAUCGUGGGUAAUGUCUGACUUCCCCACAGAGGACGACAUAGCCGGCUACAUCCUCAACUUGGCCGAUGAGGCAGGCCACCCACACAGGCCUUAACACACAAAGCACUGAGCCAAUUAGAUAACAAUGGAAAUCGACCCGUACCAAGUAGACUUCGCAACACAAAAUGUCACUUUCACUGAGGAGGAGAUUCUUUAUUUUUAUUUUUUUUUAAAUCUAAAACGCUAAUAACGCAGAGGAAACCAGUCUGGUUUCCUACUCCUUAUGUUCUUAGUGACAGGCACAGAACAUGAAACUUUAUUUUCCAGGUCCCCUUUUUUCCAGAUGAGUUCCUGGAACCCUUCCUCUUAAUUUCCUAACAAAUUGGCUGGUAAUUAACCAUAAAUUACUAGAAUAUUUCCAAGAAAGGCCUAUACAACUUGUUACUAGUUAUAAGGGAAAGGCGUUAGUCGCUACAGUUAUUAGGUACUUGUUUGUUAUAAUUGACUUUUUAAGAAAAAAGUGGGAAAUUAUGUAGUCGGAUGUGAAAAAUACUUAAUUAACUGACGUCAAUAUCUUGGAAUAGCUUCUUGGAAAGACUAACAAAUUUUCUUAGAUAGAAAAUGUGCCACACUGAGUCACUUUAUUUUACAGGCCCGGUGUGUUGAAAUUAGGUAGAAAUAUAUUUGUAAGCAUGAAUGCUGAGCCUGUUUAAUUUUAUAGCAUGUAGCGUUUUAGUUGUGGUUCAGUGUAUCCGUUUGAAAUACAAAACUAAGGAUUUUUCCACUGCAGGUAAGCAUGCAAUUCAACCACUAUGCAGCAUAAUGUCAAUCAAAUUAAUAUUUACCAAUUACCAAGUGGAUCAAUAAUAUGAAAGGAGUAGAAUCCAAAUUAAGAGUUUUUGUUUGUCUAUCUAGGAAACUCAAAUGGAUAUUGUUUGUGUACAUGAAUUAUUUUUCACCUACCUGCUACUAGUUUUUCUUUCAAAAUUAGGAAAUUAUGUAGUCAUGUAAUUAGUAACAAAUUAGGCAGGCCUUUCUUGGAAACAUCCUGGUCAUUUACAGAUAGAUUUUGGGAAAUUAUGAGGGAAGUUUCAAGGAAAUGAGCCGGAAAAGACAGGAUCUGUAAAAUAAAGUGUCACCAUGAAACCCCGUCUCUUUGAGUCUUAAAAAUCCCAGGAUGCUCUUUGUAACCCACGCAUUGUAGAUGUGGUGCUUUAUGGUAACUGUGUGUGAUAAUAUGUUGUCUGAAGUGAAAAUUCAGUAUUUGUAGUUUGCUGUAAUAAACUAUAAUCUGUUAAUUUAACACACACAAUAACCACAAGUACAGCUCUUACAGUACUUCUUGGGUUGAUUUAACCGACACGGGAAACCAGAAACUUUAUAAUGUGAAUCCUGAUCCAAGUGGAAGUUGCCUUUCUCGUUAACAUGAACGGGACAGAAGAUGAGGCAAAAGGGGUGAACUAAAGUCAGCUCUCAUAUGCAGAAGGGGUUGGUAAAUAUAAACCCCACACACACUCAUAUUCAAUUUUAAAGGAAUAGUUCAACAUUUUGGAAAAUAUUUGCUUCAUGGCAGAGAGUUAAUGAGAUAGUUGACGCCGCUCUCAUGUCUGUCUGUUAGCUGGUUACCUGACAACAGCUCAGAGCCAAGAAAUAGUCUGGCACACAACCCCCCAUAAAACAGCAAAUUGACAUUUUUAUACUUUAAUUUCUUUUUAUGUAUGUGUUAAUUAGUGAGCUUUAGAGGUGUUUGUAGGGGAAUUUUGUUAACUCUGGAAAGCUGUUUACCCCUGUUUCCAGUCUUAAUGCUAAGCUAAGCCAACUGGCUGCGGUCUGUAGCCUUCUGUAUAACCAGCAGAUUUGAGAGUGGUAUCGAUCUUCUCAUCUAACUCUAGCGGAAGGCAAAUAAGCACCUUUCCCAAAAUAUAGGACCUUUGCUUCAUCAGCAAAUCCUAGACACUAAACGCGCCCCACGUUUUGCCAGAGUAUCCAGUCAAACUUUAAAGCUAAAUUUAUUUUUCCACAUGUAGAGCCGUUCAGUAGUCUCUGCAAUGUAAGCCUGCAUGUUUAUAUCUCACAAGACCUGCCUUAUGAGCUGUGUCAUGUAAACAUGUUAUAAACUGAUGCUCUGACCACUUCAGACCUGACGUAGUGACUGAUACUCUAUUGGGUGUACAGGACUAAUCAGUUUUAUAUGAUUUUAAUGAAUUUGCUUGCUGUGGUAUUUUCUGUACUAUGUCGUUCUCAUCUUUUAAUUUUUUUUUUUUUUCUAUUCCGUAAUUGUAUUAAGAUUAUUUUAAUCUGAUUGCUGUAGAAGUACUGUAGUUCCCUUUCCCAAAACAGCCAAUCUUGGCUUUGCUUUGCUCCACUUUCUCAUGCCAUUAAUUCAAGAUAACUGAUUUUCUGAGAUAGGCAGCUUUUCAGUUACAACUGACCUCUUGUAUGGUUACGUAGUGUUACGUAGAAUUUAAAGCCACAAAAAUAUUUUUAUUUUGAAUAAAUAUUUCUGUCCUGGUUUCCGAAUCAAAUAAAUCACAGGCAGAUUUA